AGCAGGCUCGAUCGCUUUACAACGCGACACUAUCAGCUUCAUUUAUACCUAUCCAAUCUAUCCAUCAUAAAACAAUAAAUAUAAGCUGUCUAUUAUGUACUUAAAGUCAAUUAAGAUCGCUACCAAAGAUAUGAAUUGUAAUUUACGGUUACUUAAAUAUAUUUUUCGAUGACUCACUCACGUUGGCAGGGUGUAGGUAUAUAUUCCAUGAAAUAAACAUUUCCAAACCUCAAUGCGGUGUUAACGUUGUUCUUGUGCAGGCACUGAAAGCGUAAAACGGUACCUGUUCGUAGUGGUCGUCAUCAUAACAUCAAUUUUAUUGUACGAAUUAUCAUUAUGAAACAAAGAAAACGACUCCAAGCCCAAAAAAGCCAAAAACAGAACUUGCCUUAUGAAUGCUUCCAUGAUGAUUUUUUACAGAUAAUGGCAAAAAUAUUCCGCUUCUCACGUUGGUUUGGUGUAGCUGGCUCUGGAAAUGUUUUGUGGAAAACAUUUGGGCUUUGCAUUUUGCUUUUGCUCGGAGUCAUAGAAGGCGUUGCUAUUUGGCGUGUGGUUAGAGCACUUGCUGGAUUAUCUAUUGAUAUUGAAGGUCAUAGGAGUGUAACUGCGCGGCUAGCAGGAGCAACUUUCUACGCUUCCUCGAUAACUACACUUAUUCUUUCUUGGAAGUUGUCUUCGUCAUGGGAAACAAUAGCUUUAUAUUGGGCUUCAAUCGAUCGAAGUAUAGCAAUUAACGUUUCAUCAGAUAAAAAUAUAAAAACCCGGAUGAUCACAGUAACGUCUGUGAUGGUAACUUGUGUUGUUGUGGAACACGCCAUGAGCAUGAUGUCACAAGUUGGAUUCGACUGCCCGCCUUCACUUGUACUAAAGCGGUACACACUGAUGUCUCAUGGAUUUUUGUUACUCAGAACGGAUUAUUCGAUAUGGUUUGCCGUACCGCUUCUCUUUAUGAGCAAAAUAGCUACGAUCCUCUGGAACUAUCAAGAUAUACUUAUAGUAUUAAUAAGCAUGGGAUUGACUUCUCGAUACAACACACUUAACCAAUACGUUGCCAAGUUCUCUACACCCAACAAGGAUUUUCCUUGGAACCCUCAUGAUGAGUGCAGUAAAGGGCAAACGUGGCGCAGAAUACGUGAGGCGUAUGUAAAGCAGGCCCAGCUCGUUCGCCGAUUGGAUAAGUCACUGGGCGGACUCAUCCUGCUCUCUAACCUUGUCAAUUUUUACUUCAUUUGUCUACAGUUAUUUCUAGGGAUUACACAAGGACUUUCUGGAGAUGUGAUAAAACGUUUGUACUACGUGGUGUCGUUGGUGUGGCUAUGCGUCAGAGUGAGUUGCGUCGUGCUCGCGGCUGCCGAUAUAAACGUGCACUCCACGAAAGCUCUCCGGCACCUCCAUGCUAGUGACAGACACUACUACAAUGUAGAGAUUGUGAGGUUACAAAAUCAACUCAGUAAAGAUUAUGUUGCUUUAACGGGACUGGGAUUUUUUUCUCUUAACAGAACAAUUUUAUUGCAAAUGGCGGGAGCAAUAAUCACGUAUGAAUUAGUACUAAUACAAUUCGAUGAUCAUGGAUUUACGGAACAUAAGUCUGCUCUAAAUUCCACAACGUUCUAAAGCGUCAAUGCCUACAUGCUGUGCGAGCGCCGAAAAGAGAUUCUCUCAUUAACAGUUUUACUGGUGUGGUACAUAGGACUAUAAUAAUUAUUAUUUAUUAGCCAAACUGAUUACCAAUAUCAUAUAUUAUUAGAAUCGAUUCGGGGCGUAUUAGAUGUAUUCAAGUUUAGAUUAGUUCUUCUUCAUUGUAGAUAUUAACACAUAAUUAAAUAUAAUA